AUGGAUGAGACGGAGAUCCGGAGACUUGCAGUGGGACAUGUGCUGAGCGUCUUGGCUGUGGUGGUUUCCCUGUGUGUCCCACCACUCCUUUUCGAUCCCUUCUCUGUCCUGGGAACGCAUCUUACAUGGCUGUGCUUCUGCUCUGUCUGUGUCAUAGCUGUUAAUGUUUUGUUACUUUUAACAUUCAAACCAAAUCCUUCAACCAAAAGAAGCUCUCUUUCAAACAAGGUCAAUAAACUGUAUAGAUCCUGCCUAUAUUUCUUAGCUUCCUGUCUGCUGUUUCAUGGGAUUAUAGUUUUGUAUGGCGCACCUCUUGUAGAGUAA